AUGUUUUUUGGAUGUUUGGUGGAGGAACAUGAGGAAAUGCCUGCAGUGAAUGUAGACUCAGAAACUGGAGAAUGGGAGAUGGGAGGACAGAAAAUUGGGAACAGGAAACAGGGAGAAUGGGAGAGACUCAAAAAUGGGAGAACAGGAGAUGGUAGGAUGGAAAAACGGGAGACGGGAGAUCGGGAGACGGGAGACGGGAGAUGGGAGACGGAGACGGGAGACGGGAGACGGGAGACGGGAGACGGAGACGGGAGACGGGAGACGGGAGACGGGAGACGGGAGACGGGAGACGGGAGACGGGAGACGGGAGACGGGAGACGGGAGGAUGGGAGGACAUGGGACACAAUGGGAGAUGGGGGGCAGGGAAAAAUGGGAAAAUAA